AUGAGCAAUCAGUUCGUACAAGGGUUGAUACCCAAGAUCAGAGCGAUCUUAGAAGGUAGUGACCUGUCUACCGUUUCGGCAAAAGCAGUCCGAAAACAACUUGUUUCGGGGGGAGAAGAUGAGGCGACUAUCAAAGCAUCCAGAGGGGCAAUUGACGAGGAGAUCAGUACGAUAUACGACCAACUCACUUCUGCCGCACCACCUUCCCCACCAUCCUCUCCCGAUGAGCCUUUACGACCCAAAGCCGAACCUGGCUCAUCACAACCUCAUCCACUACAUGUGAAAAGUGAAGUGAAGCCGGCAAUAGAUGAGGAGGUAGACCCUGAGACCGACGAACAGAUGGCAAGGAGAUUACAACUUGAGUAUAACGAUCAAGCGAGUUCGUCCAGGCCCCGAAGGGCUAAUGCGACUACUCCAGCGAAGAAGAAGAAGAAAGCUACUAAGAAGAGGUUGAGUAGAGCUGAUGCGGAUAGUGGAGAUGAAGAUGGUGGGGAGGGGAAAAAGAAGAAAAGGAAAACGGAGCCGAAUCCGAAUAAUCCCUUUAAUAAGGAGAUGAUCUUGAGUGACGCACUCGCAGACUUGGUCUCCGCACCUAGAUUAUCCCGUCCCCAAGUCGUCAAGCAAAUAUGGGCAUACGUUAAAGAACAUGAUUUUCAAGAUCAAUCAGAUAAGAGAUAUAUAUUGUGUGAUGAUAAGUUGAAAAAGGUAUUUCACACAGAUAGAUUACAUAUGUUCACAAUGAAUAAAAUCUUGGUGGAUCAUCUACGCAAUCCGGACGAUGUGAUAUUCAAAAACGAGAAUGAGACUAAAGACGGGAUCAAAGAUGAAAUGCCUCCAUCCUCUGCUCCUAUUCCUCUAUCCAUACAGCCUGUCCAGGAUAUAAUAGAUGGUGAAUCGGAAGAAGAGUCGGAUGAUGAAGAUUACUAG